AUGGAUUACUUGACUAAACGUAUAAUUUAAGUUAAAGGAAAUCUUUAUGAAUAAUAAAUUCUUGAAUUUUUUAGAGAAGCAACUUACAGUACUAAAGGGGCUGAAAAAUUAGGAUUUAAUUAUUAAGAUAUGAUUGAUGUAUAUAAUUAGCAUAAAAUUGACUAAAAACAGAUAAUAAAUGAAAAAUUAAUUUGA